AUGCUGAUUCCAAGCGUGAGCUAUAUCCUUCCCCUGGCUGUCCUCUGUCUCCCAGCUGCAACUGGAUAUCCGCACCAAGAUGCUGCCCAUUUCCCCCAAAUCAACCUGGGGUAUGCUACCCAUGCUCCAACUUAUGUCAAUGUGACAUCUAGCGGCCUCAAGUAUGCAAACUACAACAACAUUCGAUUCGCUCAGCCUCCCGUUGGACCCCUGAGAUUCAGACGCCCCAAGACUCCUCCGCCAAAAGAGUAUGGGGUCAAGAAUGGCUCUGCUCCCAUGUUUGCAACGGACUGUGUAAGUGCCAUUCCGAACAUAUUUCCACCCCAGGGCCUCCCAUCAAGAUCCUGGGGCCAGGAGGACUGCUUGUUCCUCAAUGUCAGGGUUCCAGAGGGAGUCAAGGAAGGUGACAAUGUUCCGGUGGUUCACUGGAUACACGGUAGUGGAUAUGUAUAUGGAAGUAAAGAUCUCCACAGAAUCAGUGGAGAUGGAAGCGGCCUCUUUGAGGAUAUGGAUCGCACUACCCAGAAAUUCAUAUACGUUGCUAGUAACUACAGAAUGGGAUUAUAUGGCUGGAGCUCCUCUCCUUCUGACGAUAUAGAAGCCAAUGUCGGGCUGCAUGAUGUCUUAGCAGCUUUGCGAUGGACCCGUGAAUACAUAUCAAAGUUCGGUGGUGAUCCUAGAAGAAUCACAGCAUUCGGAGAGAGUGCUGGCGCAGGAAUGCUUGAUCUCCUACUUGUCGCCAAAAAUGGGAAAGAGCACCUUCCCUUCGAUAGGGCUGUCAUCGCAUCCCCAGCUGUUUGGCCACGCAAGAAUCCAAGUCGUCGACAGGCUGUUUUUGACUCGGUUCUUAAGGCAUCGAAAUGUGGUUCUGCUGAUUGCUUGAGGAACUUGCCAGAAAAGGACCUAUUCAAAGCAAAUGAAUAUCUCAUUGUGAAUGCGACGGAUGGGAUGACUGGAGCCUUGGGUCCAGGCCCUGGGUUCACACCUGUCGUAGACGGUGAAUAUAUCACCGAUCAUAUUUCGACUAUCCUCGGGAGAGGUGGUUAUAACAGGGGAGUCUCGCGAGUUGCUGCUAGCAAUAUGGCCCUGGAAGGCCGAGAACAGGCACCGACAGACAAUGUGCCAGAGAUAUUCCCUUUCUUAGUUCGCGGGACGAUUCCUUAUGCCUCCGACGAGACGAUCCAAAAGAUACGGUCGCUCUAUUCAUACCCUGCGGACCUCCCUGCUAAACUUGCCUGGGACUGGGUGACUGACAUAACAUAUGCCUGCAACGCUUAUCAUACCGCUAAGGCAUAUGCGUCCAAGGCCCAGAGAUAUGUCAUGUCGGUUCCACCGGCGAUACAUGCGCUAGACCAAAGCUAUUAUUUCUAUCAAGAUAAUACCACUACUCCAGUCGCCAGUGUCAAACUCGCAAGAGAGUUCCAGGAGCAUGUGCGGCGCUUUGUUACGGACGGAAAGAAUAACAGGAAAUUCCCUAGCCUUGAAGAUUUUCCAAAAUAUGGCCAUGACGAGACUAUUUUCAAUAUUACCCUUGAUGGAUGGAAGAAGGAAAAGGAUCCAUGGGAAACCAGCCGUCGAUGCCAGAUUUUGCGUGACAUCCUUACCGACCCAAAGAAUGGGGCUUGA